UCUGUGGUCUUCUCAUGGCCAAAAAAAAAAAAAAAAACCCAAAACAAACGUACGGUGAAUUCUUCCAACCGGAAGUCCAUCUGCCUUCAGUCAUGUCAGCUGAGCAACGAAGUCUAGGCGGGAACUUAGCGUAGAUAAAUGACUUAAUGGUUAACAGUGCACAAUAAAGUGAUGGGAACACAGGCAGCAGAACUGUUCACUGAAAUUGACAAACUCCGUGCUCAGCUGCUGAACAAUGUGGAGGUCAUUACAGACUGCCAACGUGUCGACGAAGAAAUCAGCCAGUAAGUCCACAGUCACCUGCGCCAGCUGCUUGAUUAGCAGGGAAAUUUUGACCCAUAUUGAAAACAUAAUCCUUGGAAUAGUGACCAGUCUGUCCAAAGGUGAAGCCCCUGUCCUGACACUGCCCAACAGAUCCAGCUGGGCCAACGUCAGUUUUGACAGUGCCAUCGGGCUUCAGAUGAGUUCAGGAGCUUCUGUCAGCGUCAUUAGGAGCGACUGCCCUUCGUCUGUCACUAAAUUUGCACAAAUUCUCAAGAUUCUCUCCGUCAUCUACAGACUUGUGCAGAGAAACUCAUAUGCUACAAAAAGAGACAUCUAUUACAACAAUACACAGCUGUUUGGUUCACAGACAGCUGUGGAUAGUAUUGUGGAUGAUAUCUCCUGCAUGCUAAAAGUUCCUCGCAGAUCACUUCAUGUGUUGGCCACGUCCAAGGGAUUCAUUGCAGGGGAUUUGCGUUACAUAGAGGAGGAUGGGACAAGGAUUGACUGCCACUCCAGCUCUGCUGCUGUUGCAGUUUCAUCAAACAUUGGUGGGAUCAAAAAUAUUGUAUCAUCAGCAAAAUUUGUCUUGAUAGUUGAGAAGGAUGCAACUUUCCAGAGAUUGCUGGAUGACGACUUCUGCACAAAGCUCUCUCCUUGCAUCAUAAUCACAGGUAAAGGCAUGCCAGAUGUAAACAGCAGGUUGAUGGUGAGGAAGCUUUGGGACACGCUGCACAUCCCCAUAUUUGCUCUGGUGGAUGCUGACCCUCACGGCAUUGAGAUCAUGUGUAUCUACAAGUACGGAUCAGUGGCCAUGUCGUUUGAGGCCCACAGUCUGACGGUCCCCAGCGUUAUGUGGCUAGGCCUCCUCCCCUCUGACCUCCAGAGGUUGCGGGUUCCUGAGGAUGCCCUGAUCCCCCUCACCAAGAGAGAUGAAAGCAAACUAAGCAGCCUCCUUAAAAGGCCGUACUUAACCAGCCAACCUGACUGGCAGAAAGAGAUGGAACUGAUGCAGCAGACCAGGGUCAAGGCUGAAAUACAGUCUCUGGCAGCCAUAGCUCCUGAUUUCCUCACCAGCAUUUACCUGCCCAACAAGCUGCGAUAUGGAGGCUGGAUAUGAGCAUAAUGCUGCCACCUAGUGGCGGUGGAUGCGAACUGCUGAAACAGAUUGCAAAUCUAACAAAGAUCUUACAUUCAGUUGUCCUCCCUAACCUUUUCAGAAAAAAAAAUUUAUAUUAAUUUGCGUGAGUUCAGUUUGUAGUCUUAGCAUAUUUAUCAGUCAGGGUGUGUGUUUGUUUUCUAACUGUGUUUCAGAAAUGUGUCAUUAUAUCAUUAAAACUCCUGUAAUCACAUUGACAAGUCAGAGCAUGGUUUUGAUCUUUACGUUGUUGUUGGCCUUGAUUAUAUAUUCCCAAGAUAUUUGGACCUGCUGCUGCAAAGUCCUGAAACACACCAUGGCAGUUUU